AAUGUUUGAAGCUCAAUCCGGACACAGAAAUAUCAAGCCCAGAAAGAGAGAUCAAUUGCCAGGUUUCUUUUAGGCCACAAGUUGAUUAAGGUGGUUCAGGUAUGUUAGAGGCCAAGGAAGUGUAUUCGUUCUUGCUCUUUGUGAAUGGGUGGUUGUGUCAGCUCUUCACCCCCUGCUCCCAACCAGUCCUCCUAUCUACAAGCAGUCUCAAUACCCAACAGUAUCUUGGCAAAUGGUACUUCAUUGCAGCGGCUGGUGUGAAGGAGUCGGAUGUGCAGAUGUUCAGACAGAUGGACAGCACUGUGUUUCACCUGAAUGAGACCUCUAAAAAUGCACUACUGUUGACCGGCGCCAUGCGCGUGGGUGUUCAUUGCAUUAUGAAAAACUGGACCUACACUAUUCAGUCUGGCAAAGAUGAUUUGACAUCAGAAGGCAGGCCUGAGCUGCAAACUCUAGUGUGGAGUGGAGAGUGGCUGAACUGCACCCAGUGUAUCCUGCUGCAGGAGAUAGAGCGUCACUUGGACCCACUAGAGACACACGACACCCUCAACAGAUUCAUGCUUUACGCUCGUGACAGUGCCUUAUUGGAUAAUAAAGUGGUGACGGCGUUUCAGACCCAAACAGCUUGUAAAAACAUGGACAGAUUUGUCCAUCUCCCUCAAGAGAAAGAGCUUUGUAAAUUGGAGAAUAAGGUGUAGCACUGAGGCUUCCUGAUAUUUGUUGGACUCUUCAAUCAAGAUCAUGCUAUGCAUCAAAAUAGGUUUCCUUUUGAUAGUUUAAUAUUAGCGUAUUGCCCACUCUAACUUUGAUCUAACUCAGAAACGUGGAACUAAUUCUCCUCUCAUUUCCAAUGUGUAAUAGCAAAACAAAUAAACAGAAAAAAGAACAGCUAUACAAAGUAUGUUCCAAAGUCUCAGAAUGGUUAGAAUAGCACUAGUGACCCAUGCUUAGACUUCUUAUCAAGUUUUCUAAAAGUGUCUAUUUCCAGGCAAAUUUUUCUCUUAUUGUGAGGGAUCAUGUAACUGUCAUGGUUCAGUCAUGGUUCACUGAACUGCUUUGUUCCACUCUUUGCCUACCUCCAUCAAUGGAGGCUGCUGAGUGGAGGAUGGCUCAUAAUAAUGUCUGGAAUGGAGUCAAUGGAAUGGUAUCAAACACUUGGUUUCCAUGUGGUUGAUACCAUUCCAUUGACUCCAUUCCAGCCAUUAUUAUGAGCAGUCCUCCCCUCAGCAGCCUCCACUGACCUCCAUCCAAAUACCAUUGAUAUACUAAGAUAAUAAUCCAGGGCUAGUUUAUGGGGGAGGAGCCACCCAUGUUGUUACACUGGCAGUGCAGGGGAAAUUCCCAUGAUGCUGCUGACAGAGCAGAAGCUCAGAGCACACAGUUGUUCACAACCAGAGUGGUCAUCAACAGUUCUCCUCUUCAUUUGCUUCAUUAACCCACUGUUCCUAGGCCGUCAUUGUAAAUAAGAAUUUGUUCUUAACUGACUUGCCUAGUUAAAUAAAGGUAAAAUAAAAAUACAAAAUAAAAUACAAAUACAAGAGGAAAUUGAGAAUUCUUUGAGUUAAUAGUUUCUAAAAAAAAAUGAUGUCAAAGCCAUUGAUUGAUGUAAAAUAGCCCGACUUUCAUCUGCACUGGCAUCAGUGACAAAGCACAAUGUCCAGUACUUGACAUUAUCAGGUUAUGUGGGUUUUUACCUGUAGCCUCAAGGAAAGGCCAAACAACAGUGUCCUUAUGCUUAUGUAACAUUUUAAAUCCUAUACUGUAGCUCUGGACCCGUAUUCAUAAAGCAGAGCAGGAGUGCUGAUCUAGGAUCAGUUUCGCCUUUCAGAUAAUGAAUAAGGUUACAUUGAGAGGGAACCUGAUCCUAUCAGCAAUUAUACUCUGAGAAGCUUUAUGAGUAAGGGCCCUGGUUAGAAAUGAUUGACAUACCAGGGGUUGCGACCAGUGACAGGAGACACGCAAUGGCUGAGUUAGACAAAGUCAACAUGUAGCUAACAACGUCACCAUUCACGUACCUCUGUGUUUCAACUAUGCCCGGGGUUUAUAUGAAUGUCAGAAAAUAUCCCGGAAUUAUGAUGAAAUCCUUGUCUCUCUCCCUCCCCCUCUCCAUUUAUCUCUCUGAUUUACGUACUUUCAAAGACUUGCGACGCACCAACAUGAAGACACUUGACUUCCCAGAUACACUUUGUCAUGAAACUAUUUGUUGACCGGCAGAAAGUACAGAGGGCAGGGUGAGAAUUUACCUCCCGUCUCCGUCAGAAUGACUUUAGAUUCUUACCUUUCUCUCACCUGUACGAUGUCCAUAUAAGCCCAAAAAUAGGCAGUCAAACUCUUCCCUGCAAAAUAAUUCAUUACUGUCAAAGGAUCGUUCUUCCAGCCCACCUCUAACAUACCUGAUUGUUGAUGAGCAAUUCACUAGUAAAACACUAAUCAGGCGUGUUAGUGCUGAGCAGAAACAAAAACAUGCACACCCUUUAGCUCUCCUUGACCAGGAAUGGUGACCACUGGUACAUACCAAUAUUGAGCCAAACACAUCUUCGAUGCUGCACAGAUUGAAAUAAGUUAUCUAAAACUGAACAGAAACUGAACCAUUAUCUAAAACUGAACAGAAACUGAUCAAUCAUCUAAAACUGAACAGAAACUCAUCAAUUAUCUAAAACUGAACAGAAACUGACCAAUCAUCUAAAACUGAACAGAAACUGAACCAUUAUCUAAAACUGAACAGAAACUGAUCAAUCAUCUAAAACUGAACAGAAACUCAUCAAUUAUCUAAAACUGAACAGAAACUGACCAAUCAUCUAAAACUGAACAGAAACUGAUCAAUUAUCUAAAACUGAACAGAAACUGACCAAUCAUCUAAAACUGAACAGAAACUGAACAGAACAUAAUUAGAUGGAUGCCAGAAGGUUUCUGCUUUCUACAACAGCAGUGCCUGCACUUCUGCAUUUCAGGAAGAUGGGGGAAAAGACUAAGAGGCAAACAUGAUUGAAGGCCUUGUCUGAGAAUUGUGCCUGCGUUGGGUAAGCACCUAAACCAUCUGUGUGUGUAUCAAGGAAAGCACAGGCAGGUUGAUUGAGGAUGUGCCAUGGAGCUUGAAACCAAGAACGGGAAAGUUACAUAGAAAUCUACCAGCAAACACUCUCUCUCUCUCUUUCACUCUGUCUCUCUUUCGCUCUCUCUCCACUUUCUAAAAGUUACUUUCAGUCCUGUUUAUGAAAUCAACACUGUUCAACUUCACUCAUCUGCAUUCCCAUACCCUUAUGACUACUCCCAUACCCUAUGGCUACUCCCAUACCCUAUGGCUAUUCCCAUACCCUAUGGCUAUUCCCAUACCCUAUGGCUAUGCCCAUACCCUAUGGCUAUGCCCAUACCCUAUGGCUAUGCCCAUACCCUAUGGCUAUGCCCAUACCCUAUGGCUAUUCCCAUACCCUAUGGCUAUUCCCAUACCCUAUGGCUAUUUCCAUACCCUAUGGCUACUCCCAUACCCUAUGGCUACUCCCAUACCCUAUGGCUAUUUCCAUACCCUAUGGCUAUUUCCAUACCCUAUGGCUAUUUCCAUACUUUCCAUACCCUAUGGCUAUUCCCAUACCCUAUGGCUAUUCCCAUACCCUAUGGGCUAUUCCCAUACCCUAUGGGCUAUUCCAUACCCUAUGGCCAUUUCCAUACCCUAUGGCUAUUUCCAUACCCUAUAGCUAUGCCCAUACCCUAUGGCUAUGCCCAUACCCUAUGGCUAUUCCCAUACCCUAUGGCUAUGCCCAUACCCUAUGGCUAUUCCCAUACCCUAUGGCUAUUCCCAUACCCUAUGGCUAUUCCCAUACCCUAUGGCUAUUCCCAUACCCUAUGGCUAUUCCCAUACCCUAUGGCUAUUCCCAUACCCUAUGGCUAUUCCAUACCCUAUGGCUAUUCCCAUACCCUAUGGCUAUUUCCAUACCCUAUGGCUAUUUCCAUACCCUAUGGCUAUUCCCAUACCCUAUAGCUAUUUCCAUACCCUAUGGCUAUUCCCAUACCCUAUGGCUAUGCCCAUACCCUAUGGCUAUGCCCAUACCCUAUGGCUAUUCCCAUACCCUAUGGCUAUUCCCAUACCCUAUGGCUAUUCCCAUACCCUAUGGCUAUUCCCAUACCCUAUGGCUAUUCCCAUACCCUAUGGCUAUUCCCAUACCCUAUGGCUAUUCCCAUACCCUAUGGCUAUUCCCAUACCCUAUGGCUAUUCCCAUACCCUAUGGCUAUUCCCAUACCCUAUGGCUAUUUCCAUACUUUCCAUACCCUAUGGCUAUUUCCAUACUUUCCAUACCCUAUGGCUAUUCCCAUUCCCUAUGGCUAUUCCCAUACCCUAUGGCUAUUCCCAUACCCUAUGGCUAUUCCCAUACCCUAUGGCUAUUCCCAUACCCUAUGGCUAUUCCCAUACCCUAUGGCUAUUCCCAUACCCUAUGGCUAUUCCCAUACCCUAUGGCUAUUCCCAUACCCUAUGGCUAUUCCCAUACCCUAUGGCUAUUCCCAUACCCUAUGGCUAUUCCCAUACCCUAUGGCUAUUCCCAUACUCUAUGGCUAUUCCCAUGCCCUAUGGCUAUGCCCAUACCCUAUGGCUAUGCCCAUACCCUAUGGCUAUUCCCAUACCCUAUGGUUAUUCCCAUACCCUAUGGCUAUUCCCAUACCGUAUGCAUGUAAAGUCAGAUUAAGUCACAGUGGCUGCCAGCUGGUGUAUGAAACCAUGAAGAAAACUCCCUGUCAUGUUUUUGUGCCCUUUGAACCCGCUGACAAUGACCUACAAAUAUGUAAGGGAAAACACAUGCCGCCCACAUCUGUCAAUGUUGUGCCGUACUCAUCUUUAGCCUUAACAGCCUAUAGUUCAUUGCUACAGGGAUGAUAGUGGUUCUGUCACCUUCUCUUUGCCUGUACUGUCAUACUUGAGUAAAAGUAAAGAUACCUUAAUAGAAAAUGCCUCAAGCAAAUGUGAAAGUGAACUGAAUUUGAAAACUGAAUCUAAAUGCAUCUGAGAUGUUGAAUAUGUGAAACUAUGGUAAAUUUGAAAUGAUAGUUUGUAAACUUGAUACACAGACAAUGAAUGCAAUAUCCACCACAUUGAAACAGAAUAUAUAAAUAUUGAAUUAGAAUUUAAUUGUAAUAGAAUUUUAAAACUGAAUGCAAUAUUCAUUCAAAUCAUUUUAAAAUCAUGAAAUAUAAGUUCAAGUUAUUAGUUCAAUGAUUACAUUUGUGCAUUACAAAUGUUAAAAUAUUGCAUUUAAAUUCAAUAUUUUAAUGCAAAUAUAGUAUUGAAUUCAAAUACAGUUUCUGUUGUUACUGAUAUCGCUCUGUAAUCGCUUUCUACUCCCAUAUAUUUUCCCUGACACCCAAAAGUACUUGUUACAUUUUGGAUGCGGAGCAGGAAAGCGAUGGAGCGAUUACAGCGCGAUAUCAGAGCGAUUACAGAGCGAUUACAUAGCGAUAUCAGAGCGAUAUCAGAGCGCUUACAGAACGAUUACAGAGCGAUUACAGAGCGAUUACAGAGCGAUAUCAGAGCGAUUACAGAGCGAUAUCAGAGUGAUUAUAGAGCGAUUACAGAGUACAUAUUUUCGUUAGGAAUGUUAGUGGAGUAAAAGUACAAGUUUAAAAAACAUUUUGAAAUAUUAAAGUAAUCAACAUUAUUUUUUUUAAACACUGAAAAUCUGAUGUUUCUAUGUCAAGCGGUUUUGUUAUUUUUCAGUCUACUGUGAUGAAUAUAAAGUGUAAUAUUGGGAUGCAAACUCAAAAUUGAAUACAUUUAAACUAUAUCAGA